AAUCAAGCAAAAUCUCCGAAUUUCGCUUUCGAAACCCUAAUCUUUUUCACCAUGGAGUGCGAGGUGGUGAAAAUCGACGGCGCUCCUGACCCAAAUGGCCAGAAGACGAACGGUCCGGAUCAACCGGGAAAGAGCCAGAAGCGCAAAAGGUCGGCGAGUCUUAUACCGGAAGUUUUGGGCGCAACAACAGAAGAAAAAGAGGCUCGGAUCGUGGCGCUUCGUACGGAGCUUGAGGGUUUGUUCGGGUUCUACAAGGAAGUGACGGGAAAGAAAGCGGUGGAUUUGGAUAUCAUGACGGCCAUGCAGUGCCGUAGCGGGGCGAAUGCGUUGGUGGCAGCGUUGAUGGAGGAGAGUGAUCUUCCGCUGUCGAAGCUUGUGGAGGAGAUUCAUGGCGAGGUGGCGAAGGCGAAGGAGAAGGGGGUUUGUUGUGAGGGUUUGCUGACGGUGGCAUCGGUGAAGAGUACGGUUGUGUUUGUUGGGCAGAGGGUGAUGUACGGCGUUUCCAAUGCCGAUGCCGAUGUCUUGGAGGACGAUUCCCAUUCUUGUCUUUGGUGUUGGGAGACAAGGGACUUAAAGUUGUUGCCACAAUCUGUGCGUGGAGUAUUGAAUAUUCGGCGCACUUGUCGGAAAAGGAUUCAUGAGAGGAUAACUGCUGUUUCUGAAAUGAUUGCGGCAUUACAAAAGUCAGAGGGUGAUCAUAAUUACAAACAUGACCUGAGAAAGGCAUCAGACAAGCUUGGUAAAGCACAUAAUGAGGCAGACAUUCGUCUGUUAGUUGAAGGCCUGAUGCAAAAAAAUGGUGCAAACCAGGUUGAAAAGGAAGCAAAAAGAGAAGAGAAAUUGCUUACCAAACAACUGGAGAGAGACAAACGAGAAGCUGAAAAGGAGAAAAAAAGAUUGGAAAUGAAGGUUCUAAAGGAAAAGUUACAGAGUGAAAAGGAGCAAAAGAGGCUGCAAGAGGAGGCAGAAAAGGAUGAAAGGCGUCGUGAGAGAGAGGAGUCCGAGACUAGGAGACAGUUAAGGAAGCAACAAGAAGAAGCUGAGAAAGAUCGAAAGCGUCGGGAAAAGGAAGAAACGGAGCUGAAAAAGCAACUUUCUAUCAAGAAGCAAGCUUCAAUUAUGGAACGUUUUAUUAAGAGAAGUAAAACCACUCCAAUUCAGAGUACUCACCAGUCUUCCACCAAAGAAACUACGAAUGGUUCAUUGAGUAAAGGGUGUGGAAAACUGCCCAAUGCAGUUACGCAGUCAAUGGACUGUACUCUUUCGUCAAGUGAAGAUAUUAGUGUUGAGGAUAUCACCAAGUCACACUUGGCUGCUUGGCGCUGCUUGGGUAGGUCUAUUCGUUCAAACAGAAACCAGCAUUGGGGUUUGCGUCGAAAGCCCAAGUCCAAACUAUUCAAGGAACUUAAGCUCACCACAAGUAGGCCUAGUAUUGUGGUGAUAGAUGAGCUGAAUGAAGAGAAACAUGUAGAUGGGUGUGGAGAAUGUGUUUCGGAUGAUAGAUCAUGUCGGACUAAUGCUAGUUGUUCUGUUGCUGAUGUCAAGAAGUUGACUCGGGCCAAGCAGUUGCUGCAGUUUGACAAGAGUUUCAGACCUGCUUUUUAUGGUAUAUGGCCCAAGAAAAGUCAUGUCGUUGGUCCACGCCACCCUUUAAGGAAGGAUCCUGAUUUGGAUUAUGACAUCGAUAGUGAUGAAGAGUGGGAAGAGGAGGAGCCUGGUGAAAGCCUUUCGGAUUGCGAUAAAGACGAUGAAGAUGAAAGUUUACAGGAUGGAUGUUCAAAAGCUGAUGAUGAAGAUGAAAGUGAAGAUGGAUUUUUUGUACCUGAUGGAUAUCUUUCAGAAAAUGAGGGAGUACAAGUUGACAGAAUGGAAACUGAUAUCACAGCUGAGGAGGCCAAAAGCUCACCUGGUUUGGAAAGUGAGGAGUUCUGUGCUUUGCUCCGGCAGCAAAAGUGUUUGAGCAACUUGACAGAUCACGCUCUCCGGAAAAAUCAGCCUUUAAUUAUUUCCAACUUGAUGCAUGAGAAGGCCUUUUUGUUAAUUUCUGAAGGUCUUUCGGGUACUCCUAAGCUGGAACAGAUGUGCUUGCGAGCUCUAAGUAUGUGUUUAUUCCCUGGGAGCUCACCCGUAGAGAUCUCACUUGAUAAUGUAGCAGAGAUUGAUCAAGAAGCUUGCACAUCCAGUGGCAAUGAUAGUACCACACCAACCUCAACUACAAUCGUCACACCAGAGUUAGAUUUGCAUAAGCUUGUGUCUGCUAUUCAGUCUUGCCCACAGGGUAUCCAUAAAUUAGCUGAAAGUUUACAACAGAAGUUCCCUGCUUUCUCGAAGUCUCAGUUAAGGAAUAAAGUGCGGGCAAUCUCAGAUUACGCAGAUAAUCGUUGGCAGGUCAAGAAAGAAGUGUUGGAAAAACUUGGCUUGACAAUAUCCCCAGCAGAAAAGAGUUCCGGGCGUACCAAAAACAUUGCCGCCUUUUUUUCAAAAAGGUGUAUGCCACCUUCUGGUAAAAGCAUUAACUCGAAUGAAAGCUCUCCACAGCCAUCUCGGAAAUCCAGUUCUUCUGUUGCGGGCCAAUAGAUCUGCACAUACAACUGAAACCCACAUGGUUCUCACAUGUCGAAAACAAAGUUUCGCUGGUAAAAGUAAAGUAUCUAAUAGCUUUCUGGUUUUCUUUUGCCAGAUUCUCCUGUUUUUGGCCCAUGUUUUCGACGGCAUGGAUUUUACCAGAUCUCCAGAUAACCCCAAUCAUACAAUGAUUGACCCGUGGCCAACCAAUAUUUUUUUGAAUAGAUGAUAGAAUUGUAAUGGGGUCUAAGUCUGUUAACCGGUGCUCAAAAUAAUAUCAGUAAGCUUAAUAUUUUGCUCUCUCAUGUAUACUGUUUGUUAUAGAAAGAUGUAA